AUGACUAAAGAAAUUGAAUCCACCGAGAAGAUUGAGACGUGGUCUCUCGUCCUAUUGCCAGUCGGACACAAGUUCGAAGGAGGUGUCUCGAUCAAGCAGACAACAUAUUCCAAAAAGGUGUUGAACCAAUUUGGAAUGCUUGAUUAUAACUCAACAAAGCCACCAAUGGAGCAUAUGGCUCAACUCUAUAAGGAUCCCAAAGGACAACCGAUUGGUGCAACUGAAUAUCGAAGAUUCGUUGGUUGUUUGUACUAUUUCCUUCAUACAAGGCCAGAUCUUUCUUAUGAUAUUGAUGUUGUUAGCAUAUUCAUGGAUAUGCCAACUGAGAUACAUCACAAGGCAGUGAAGCAGGUGCUUCAAUACCUUCAAGACACUAUACACUUAGGUCUAGUGUUUCGAAAAGGAGGUGGUGACGAUGAAAUAGUGGGUUACUCUUACAUUGAUCUCGCAUGUGACCUAGAUGAGCGGAAAAGUACAUGGGGCAUGGCGUUUUACAUUAAUGAUAGUUUUGUUUCGUGA